GAAUAAAUGCAAGUUUUUAACACGUGGGGAAAAUCACUUGACUUCCUAUAUUUACUCACUGCACAGCAGUUUGACAUUUGAUUUAAGUAAGGUAGAACACUCAGAAAACCUUUAUAUAACAAGGAUAAGAUCCUUCAAAACAUUAUUUACCAUGCGUGACAACGGAACUCCUCCUCACACCUCUUCUGACGGCCUGGGAGAUGGGUACGACGAGGACGCCAUGAUUUAUGACGAUGACGAUGAUUUCGACGAAGACGAUAUGAUUGAAAUUGUGGACGAUGACAAUGAUGGUGGUAACUUGGCCGAUGACGAAGAGGACGAGCAAAUGAAUUAUGGUGCCGGACCAGGGAUGGAAGGCUUUACAGGACAACAACCUGAUCACAUUUUGACAUCGCAUUUAGAAAAUGCUGUGUUUUGUUGUUGUUUUGAUGGAGAUGGGAAUAAGCUGAUAACUGGAGGUGAAGAUGAUCUCGCCAAUGUUUGGGAUAGUACAACUAUUGCUACCCAGUCGCCUUCUUUUAAAUGUCGAGGCCAUAAAGACUCUGUUGUUAAUGUGUCAUUUAAUUGGGACUCUACAUAUUUAUCAUCAUGUGACCUCUCGGGAAUUAUAAAAAUCUGGAAAACUACCAACUAUGAAAGUGUUGCCACUUUUGAAGCUGGAGAACUUUCAUGGAGUUUCUGGCACACUGCUAUUAAUGUUUUGUUUGCUGGUUGUGACGAUGGGUCUAUUUACAUGUGGAAAAUACCUAACGGUGAUUGCAAGAUCUACACUGGAAGCUCUACAAAAUGCGAAUGCGGAGUUUUACUGCCCGAUGGCAAGCACCUUCUGGCAGGAUAUGCUGACGGCACUUUAAAAAUUUUCGAUUUAAAAUCUGGAGAGGUUCAACACAACCUAACAAAAUCAUUUAAGCGGCCUAAUCAGAUCUUGUGUGUGGCAACUCAUGCAACUCGACAAAUUGUUGCGAGCGGCAGUGCGAAUGGCACCGUUGCCCUCUUCAAUUCACAAAAUGGAAAGUUGUUUACAACUUUGCAAGUUUGCACACCAACCGAGGAGGAUGCUGAUUGUAGUGUUGAAGGAGUUGCAUUCUGUCCUGAUGCGACAUUGGAUUACUUGGCGUGUGGUUCAGUAACCGGGGACAUUCUUAUCUGGGAUUUAUCAACAAUGACGGAGCGGAUGAGAUUGCAUCAAGAUUCCGGAAUUACAAAACUUAUGUGGGAUCCCAAGUCUCCCUUCUUGUAUACGGCUGGACUGGAUGGAGUCAUCCGUGUUAUUGAUGCUCGUUCAUGCACAAUUGAGAAAAACCUUGGGAGACACAAGUCAGAAAUUCUAGACAUGUUCGUUACAAGUGACGGAUCUAAGAUUGCAUCUACUUCGGAGGAUGGCUCUGUGUUUCUGUUUAAUUUGAUAAAAUAAUUAUUUUGUUGGAUACAUGUUAUCCAUCCCAGAAUGAUUUGAACACUUUGCAAUUAAAUAAAUGGUUUUAUUAUUCGGAUGUA